CAAUGGAAAGAAUUUUAUUUUAUUUUUCUCUUUCAUCUUCAUUGUCUCUCAUAUUCUCCUUUUUCUUUUGUUUAUUUCUCUGUUGGGGCCCCUCCCUUUCUGGUCCUUCACUCAAAGAGAAAAAAGUCUGGCCUUUUUCCUCUCAAAAACAUAACAAAUUCUUCAACUUUUCCCUCUCCAUCUUUGUUUUCUACCAAAGAAAUGGAGACCCAAAGCAGUGUAAACAACAAAGAAGCCAGAAAUCUAUCACCAUGCAGCAGUGGAAGAAGGAGUAGCACGAGCAGCCAUUCGAGUUCACCCGAAUUCGAGUUCUGGAUGGUCCGAAACCCAUCUUUUCCUCAACCCGAUCUCAUCUCUGCUGAUGAACUCUUUGUUAAUGGCGUUCUGCUACCUCUCCAUCUGAUACCCAGCAAACAAUCCGAAGAGAGCCCCCGACCGGAACCAAACUCGUCGGCAUCAGAACCUCCUGUACCCGACCCAGAACCGGAACCUGGCCCUCCUAUAACAUCGGAGCCGGUUACUGUCUUGUCAGCUUCGAAACGGUGGAGGGAUAUUUUUAAGAAAGAAAAGGGCAAAAAUGGAGCAAAGCAUCAAGAAGACAAGGAUAAAGAGAAAGAGAAGAAGAAAGAGAAGAAGAGUCAGAGUCAAAGCGGAGCGAGUCCAGCUGAGUUGAAUAUAAAUAUUUGGCCUUUUUCACGGAGCAGAUCCGCGGGUACCAGCGGGACCCGACCCCGGAUGACUGCCGGGGCUGCGGGUACCCGGAAGGUAAGUAGCGCCCCGUGUUCCCGAAGCAACUCGGCGGGUGAAUCCAAGUCUCGAAAGUGGCCGAGCAGCCCCAGUCGAGCAGGGGUUCACUUGGGCCGAAGCAGCCCUGUAUGGCAGGUCCGGCGUGGAGGUUCUGGUGUCAGGAGCUUCGACGUUACGUCUCGGAGCGCUGAAAAGAGUGGCGGUAAAAAAGAAGUUACCGAAACUCGACGCGGUAAAAUCGCCCCUAGUAACGGUGGAAACGGUAAUAAAGCCAAGGUUUUGAAUUUGAACGUGCCAAUGUGUAUCGGGUACAGGCAUCAUUUGAGUUGUAGAACCGAUGAAAAUAGUGCCAUACUCGCCGGCGGCAGCGCCGACGGCACUAGCAGCCGCAACGGAAGCGGCGACAGCGGCGCAAAUGGUAGAAGCAGCGGGCCUAACGUUGGAAGCGGUAGUAAUUUUUUUAAUUUGCGUAAUCUUUUCACUAAGAAGGUUUACUAAUGUGUGUUAAUCAAUAUUAACCUUUUUUUAAUCAACUAUUAAGUUGGAUUU